GAUCUUCCCCAGGGCCAUCAGCAACUCCUAAACAGACGCAGCCCUGUGGUGGGAGAGGGACCUGUAGGAGAGAGAGCGAGCCCUCCGCCCCUGCACCUGAGCCCCGGCACCCGCGGGAGCUUCCGUCCCCUCCGAAAGGGUCCUCAAGGACAGAGCGCCAAAGGGGUCUCCGAGAAUCAGUCCUUACCCCCUUCCUGCCGUCUCGGAGAAACUUGGGAGGAGGGCAAGCAAGGAGCAAGUUCCCCCUGGAGAUGAGUCCCCUUCCUCGCGGGUGAAUUAAUAAAUGAGCGCCCAGUUCACAACAGCCUCGCUAGAUGGAGACCAGGAAUCACUGCAGCAGCGCUGGCGGCGGCGGCGGCGGCGGCGGCGGGGAGCGCGGGCGGGAGCGCUGCCCGCGCGGGAGGCGGGCGAGGCUCUGGCGAAGCUCACGUCUGUUUUCCUUUUUCGUGCAUUAUUUAUUUCGCCUCCGCCUGCGGCCCUGCUGCCCGAGCGGACGCUCCCAGCCGGCGUCUCUCGCCGCUGCCUCUCCGGGGCCGGCGUGACGGACGAGGAGAGCUUCUGCACCCCCGCGCCCUGGGCAGCCGCGCGGCGCCACCGCGAAGGGCGGGGACCCGGGGAGGGCACUCGCUGCCAGCUCCCGGCGGCUCGGAAGAGACUUUCCCCGCCCCCGCCUCCGCCUCGGCAGCCUGCCCUGGCCCUGGGCGCGGGGUGCCGCCCCUCCCGCCCCGCGCGCGGCCAGGCGCAGCCUGGAGCCACCGCGCCCUGCACCCAGUGCGAGCGCGCAGCGCCUGGGACCCCAGCUCAACGCCCCCGGAGGCCCAAGCCGCACGCAAACUUUUGCUCUAGUGCCCGGUGCUCCUCCCAGGCACGUGAAGCCCCCAAGCGCCCGCGCAGUCGCUCGGUUCGCCCCGAGAGCGGGUGCCACGGGCCGAGAUGCUCCUCCGGGACCUGGUCCUGCGCCGUGGCUGCUGCUGGCCCUCGCUGCUGCUGCACUGCGCGCUCCACCCGCUCUGGGGCUUCGUGCAGGUGACACACGGCGAGCCGCAGAAGUCCUGCUCCAAGGUGACUGACAGCUGUCAACACAUCUGCCAGUGCCGGCCCCCUCCCCCGCUGCCGCCGCCGCCCCCGCCCCCGCCGCCUCCCAGACUCCUCUCCGCCCCAGCUCCCAACUCCACCUCGUGCCCCCCGGAGGAGAGCUGGCGGUCGGGGCUGGUGACCGUCGUGGCGGUCUGCUGCGCCUCCCUGCUGUUCCUCACUGUGCUCGUCAUCAUUUGCUACAAAGCCAUAAAAAGGAAACCCCUGAGAAAGGAGGAGAACGGCACCAGCGCUGCUGAGUAUCCCAUGACGUCCUCGCAGAGCAGCAAAGGCGUGGCCGUGAACAGCGCCGUGGUGUGAGUCUGCGGCCCUGGACCACGGGCCAGAGGGGCACCUUGGUGGCACGAGUGGACACGAGCUGACACUGGGCUUGUCCAGGACUUCGUUGUCUUGCCGGCCUCGAGCCUGUCGAAGGAGAAACCACGCUCUUCCCAGCCUCGCCGCUGGGCCGGGGCGGCGCGGGCCCCAGGCUGAGCCAGGCGCACCUGCAUGCAGCCCCGGGGCGGCGCCCGCGCCCGACGCUCUCCGCAUCUCUCGUCUUGUGUGUGACCCGCUGUCUCCCAGCCACUGUCUAAAGCACGUGCCCUGUCGAACGCAGAGGGCCGGUCUGUCUGCUGAGGGGGGAGGCGUCCCCCCUGAGCCAAAAGAAAGGCAAUCCAGGGGCUGCUCCCCUGCCAGAAAACCUCUCCCCCGCCCCUCCCCCGGGAUGCCCACCUGCUGCUCCGUUGACCAGGCCCUCCCCAACAGAAGCCAUUGACGCGGCCGUGAGACGUCUCCUCCCUAAGGUGCUUCCCACACAUGUCUGCCGCCCCAUCUGCUCUGUCCUCAGUCUGCAGGGCCUGCCUUCUCCCCCCUGUCCCCACUGACCCCCCGCCCCCCUGGCUCCUGACCUGCUGCCACAGAGGGCUGUGCACCCGCCCCGCCAGGUCCCCUCCUGCCUGAGCACACAAAGGGGCUCUCAUUUACACUCCGGGGUAGCAGCUGGCCUUCCAGGGGCAAAAGGACACACUGAACCCUAGGCCACAGGCCUGGAAGGACAGAGGCCAUGAGGCCUGUUCGCAGAAGCACCCCUAAACCUGACCCCUAUAGGAACUGACGCAUCCAUGUGAGCCAGGCCCUGCCUUCCUGUGGCAGAGGCCACCGCUGUGCCAAACCCACAGCGGGCAUGCAGGCUCGGGCUGGCCAGCCUAGGCUGGGUCUCCCCAAUGCUCCCCUGCAGCCCUGAUGGGGACCGACCCUCUCCUGGGAGCCCCCAGGCCUCCAUGCACCCACAGGAGGCAGCAUUCCUCCAGCGGCCCUUUGACUGUCCCUUUCCACGGUCUUGUGUUCUAGAAGCUCAGAACCCUCCCACCGUGCUCGGUGGAUGAAGGGGAGCCACCCACUCACCCACUCACCCAUAGGCACAUCACUAGGUCCAUGGAGAUGGCAGCCCUGGGGGUUUCCAUCCCCUGGUGGAUUGGGAGAUGCUCCUGACCCCAUGGGCUCCUUACUGCCCACACACUUCCUGGGGAGGAACGAGACACAGUGAACGGUUCCACUCCCUGGCCAGGUAGGAGCCUCGCCAGGUGGACGUGGUCUGCCUGCCGAAGCACCGGGGUGGGAGCACAGGUGAGACUCUCACCUCCAGGUGAGACUGGCAGACU